GUGAACACCACACCUGCAUCCUCGACAUCUCGUCUUCCCAUAUCAAUACCUCUCCCGACACCUUCACCCUCUCGAAUUCGGUAUUGUCCCACCGAGGAACCUUGUGCGACUUGACGCGAUCCACCGGCGCGGUGAAUGGCAGAUGAGUGUUGACGCAAUUCGGUGACUGGGAGGGAAGGAGCGAUGAACAAUCGCACAGCAGGAACGGCCGCCACACAGCAACAACAGCAACAACAACAGCAACACCAACCCAUCCGAUCCGUCAAUUCCCCCGCCAUGAACUCCUACGCCGCUUCACAAGCCACCUCUCGUCCCACGCCGCGAUUACAGAACUCGCAGAAGCCGCCGCUGGGGAACGGUACGGGAGGCUGGGGUGGUUUCGGUUUGCAGGCAUCACCAGCCGGAGGAGGAGGAGCGGCGACAACACCAGGAGGAGGAGCUGCUGCUGCAGGAGCGUUUGCGGGACUUGGUGGUGCGGCGCCUGGAUUGGGUGCGCAACCGCGUCCUGGAGCGCUGUCUGGCUUUGCGCAGGUCAUGGGUGGUGGGAACAGUCAGGGCCCGAUUGACAUGAGCGAUUUCCCCAGCCUCUCUGGAGGCCCGAGACCGCAACAAAGUAAUCCAAGCUCCGCGGCAGGCUGGAAUAGCACGGCCAUUCGACAUCCCUCUGC